AUGCGAGAAACAUGGAUUGUUCUUCAGACCUGCAAAACAGUGGAGUUUGAUCAGUUCAAGAGCUGUACUGCUAGACAUAUCAGAAUGGAGGGCUCUGGUGAGCAUGGUGAGACCUCCAAGGGGCCCCUGAGCAAGGGGGUCAGUAGAGGAUUGUGCAUACUUGACCUCAUAUUUCGUGUGAUCGCGGUCAUCGGCACCCUCGCGAGCGCCAUUGCCAUGGGCACUACCAACCAGACGAUGCCUUUCUUCACACAGUUCGUCCAGUUCAAGGAGAGAUACAGUGAUCUCCCUACUCUCACGUUCUUUGUGGUGGCAAAUUCUAUUGCCAGCGCCUAUCUCAUCAUUUCACUCCCAUUGUCAAUUGUGCACAUAAUCAGGAGCAGGGCUAAAUACAGCAGGCUGAUCUUAAUCUUUUUUGAUGUGGCAAUGCUAGCUCUGGUGACUGCGGCAGCAUCUGCAGGAGCAGCUAUUGUCUACUUAGCACACAAUGGUAAUGUCAGUGCUAACUGGUUUGCUAUUUGCCAGCAGUUCGAUUCUUUCUGCGAGCGAAUCUCCGGCUCCCUGAUUGGCUCCUUCGCAGCCAUGGUUGUGCUGAUACUGCUCAUAUUACUCUCUGCCGUUGCCCUGGCCAGGCGCUAGACCAAAUUGUGCAUUUUUCACGGUUGCACUCCCUGAAGUAUAAGUGGGCUAUGGUGUGGUUCUUGCACUUGCCUUAAUGUAUCAAUAUCGAUCUGCCUAUUUGCCUCUUCCUACCAUCCUCAACUUAUCAUGCAGCUCCUUGACUGUGUGCUACUUUUUUUAAUGGUAUGUGUACUUCACACAGUUGUUACAGAAAUAAAUAUAAACAUGCUGUCAUGGAUUGUGUGUGACAUAAUUUUCAUGGGAGUUGUCAGAAUAAUUUAUGUCUAACUGGAUGACAAAAUGAGA